CGAAUCGUUACGCGGAAACUCGAGUCGCGAUGGCAAGGACGAUACCGUUAAAUACUGGAAGUUAUGGAGCUAAUUAUAGUCCUACUGGUGGGAUCCCACGCCAUGAUAGUCAGUGUUUACUUACAGGCGGCCGUCAACGUGGGACAGAGAAACGUAGGACUGAUGGAAAGGAAGGACCGGAUAAGCCAACAAGCCUUUCAUCACCGACCAGAGACAACGGGGUGCAGAGUUUACCAUAUCGUGACCUCAGGAACACUGGGGAGGCGCUCAACAAGGCCAAGGAAAAUCUGGUCGUAAAAAAAAGACCGGAUGCUGUGAAAAUGGACGUGGGCGGGGAGCCUGGUGUCUGCGGUGGCCAAGUCGGAAGAGAUGGGGUGGGGAGUGGUCACGUCGGUAGAGAUAGUGUGGGGAGCGGUCAAGUCGGUACCGGCAGUGUGGGGAGUGGAAACGAGUCUUCCAGCUCAAGUGGAGGAGACGAAGUGGUGGCAGAUGUGAAAGAAGAGGAUGAUGGAGAGAAAGGUUUACCAUUGUAUCCAUGGAUGAGGAGUCAAUAUGGUAAGCAGUGGCACAAUCACGGGCGUAAUCAGGGGCGUAAUAAGGGGCGUAUGCAGGGGCGUGCAAGGAUACUUGUUUUGUUUGAGUACAAAGUUGGUAAUAAUACGCAACUGAUGGUGCACCAUAGACUACGCAUGACAUAUGGUGCACUACAAUAUAAACAUGGCAUAUGGUGCACUACAGUUGCCAAUGACAUUUUUUGCACUACUACAGUCUGCACUUGACAUAUGGUGCACUGCAAUCUACACAUGUCAUAUCGUGCACUACAGUCGACCUAUGGCAUAUAAUGCACUUCAAUCUACACAUGACAUUUAUGGUGCACUUCAGUCGACACAUAACAAAUAUUGCACAAUCUAUGCACAGAACGAAAGCUGUAUUUUUUUUUCUUUUUUGUUCUCUAACUAAUGAUAAAAUAAAAUCCACAGAUUUGAAGCAACAAAAAAAAAAAAAAACUAGUCCAAGGGAUACAACUGGAAAUAUAUUUUUGUAUCUAAAUAUUGCACAAUCUAUGAAAAGAACGAAAGCUUUAUUUUUUUUUUCUUUUUUGUUCUCUAACUAAUGAUAAAAUAAAAUCCACAGAUUUGAAGCAACAAAAAAAAAAAAAAACUAGUCCAAGGGAUACAACUGGAAAUAUAUUUUUGUAUCCCCUUUUUUAAAAAAAAUGAUUCUUGUUCAUCUCUGUGAAAUAUUCAUUUUUCCAAUCAAAUUAAAACAAUUUUUAUUUUUUAAGUUAAAAAAAAUAGUAUACAGUGAAAAGGAGUUAAAUAGUAUUAACUUGAACAAUUGACUAAUUAAAGAUCUCACAUAACUUGAAUUUAACCUCAUGGGACAUUUAGAGCUUUGUUUAAGAGCUAAUUUGUGAAGUGGUGGAGAUCUACAUUGGUUAUACUGACAAGGUUCUGGGAGAUGUCUAAGGUGUCUGACCAGGCGAGUUUCUAGGAGAUGUCUAAUGUGUCUAACCAGGCUAAUUUGUAGGAGAUGUCUAUGGUGUCUGAACCAGGCUAAUUUCUAGGAGAUGUCUAAGGUGUCUGACCAGGCUAAUUUCUAGGAGAUGUCUAAGGUGUCUGACCAGGCUAGUUUCAAUGAAAUGUCUAAGGUGUCUGACCAGGCUGGUUUCUAUGAGAUUUCUAAGGUGUCUGACCAGGCUAGCUUUUAUUAGAGGUCUAAGGUGUCUGACCAGGCUAGUUUCGAUGAGAUGUCUAAGGUGUCUGACCAGGCUAGUUUCUAGGAGAUGUCUAAGGUGUCUGACCAGGCUGGUUUCUAGGAGAUGUCUAAGGUGUCUGACCAGGUUAGUUUCUAUGAGAUGUCUAAGGUGUCUGAACGGGCUAGUUUCUAGAAGAGGUCUAAGGUGUCUGACAAGGCUAGUUUCUAGGAGAUUAGGUCUAAGGUGUCUGACCAGGCUAGUUUCGAUGAGAUGUCUAAGGUGUCUGACCAGGCUAGUUUCUAGGAGAUGUCUAAGGUGUCUGACCAGGCUGGUUUUUAGGAGAUGUCUAAGGUGUCUGACCAAGUUAGUUUCUAUGAGAUGUCUAAGGUGUCUGAACGGGCUAGUUUCUAGAAGAGGUCUAAGGUGUCUGACAAGGCUAGUUUCUAGGAGAUUUCUAAGGUGUCGUACCAGGCUAGCUUCUAUGAGAGGUCUAAGGUGUCUGACCAGGCGAGUUUCUAUGAGAUAUCUAAGGUGUCUGACCAGGCUAAUUGCUAUGAGAUAUCUAAGGUGUCUGACCAGGCUAGUUUCUAUGAGAUGUCUAAGGUGUCUGACCAGGCUAAUUGCUAUGAGAUAUCUAAGGUGUCUGACCAGGCUAGUUUCUAUGUGAUGUCUAAGGUGUCGGACCAGGCUACUUUCUAGAAGAGGUCUAAGGUGUCUGACCAGGCUAGUUUCUAUGAGAUGUCUAAGGUUUCUGACCAGGCUAAUUGCUAUGAGAUAUCUAAGGUGUCUGACAAGGCUAGUUUCUAGGAGAUGUCUAAGGUGUCGGACCAGGCUAGUUUCUAGAAAAGGUCUAAGGUGUCUGACCAGGCUAGUUUCUAUGAGAUGUCUAAGGUUUCUGACCAGGCUAAUUGCUAUGAGAUAUCUAAGGUGUCGGACCAGGCUAGUUUCUAGAAAAGGUCUAAGGUGUCUAACCAGGCUAGUUUCUAUGAGAUGUCUAAGGUGUCUGACCAGGCUAGUUUCCAUGAGAUUUCUAAGGUGUCUGACCAGGCUAGUUUCUUGGAGAUGUCUAAGGUGUCUGACCAGGCUAGUUUCUAGGAGAUGUCUAAGGUGUCUGACUAGGAUAGUUUCUAGAAGAGUUCUAAGGUGUCGGCCCGCGCUAGUUUCUUGCUCUUACUCAAAGAGUGACUUGCUUAGGGAAAUUAUAAAAACAAAACAAAAGAAAUAUUUACUGUUUUUCUUAGAUAAUUAUACAGUAAGAUUAUUUAAUAUGUUUUUGAUCGUCUUCGAAUUUUUUUAAUGAAGUGGCUAUUCACACCCGGGUCCAUUUUGACUAAAUGCUAUUCGGAUGUCGUUUUGGUAGUUUAUUUGAGUUAAACUGAAGAAUUAAGUUUACAAACAUAUUGUCCAUUCAAUUAUCUUUCAUUUAAUACCUAAUAUUGUCUUAAAAACUCAACAAUAAUAUUUGAAAUGUUGUUGUUUUUUAAUCCCAACUCUUACUUCUGGUACCCGGGUGCGAAUUGUCACAGUCUUUUUUUGAAGUGGAAAAUUGAAAUAUCGCCUGGGUCAUUUAUUAAUUUUUUUUUUUUAAAACUAUAAAUAUGAAAAUUUAGUAUUUAAAAAAAAAAUAGUUUUGAUAUUUCUUUAUUGUUUUACAAAUUCUUCUCCUCGGACUCUAGACUUUCUCAGGGGGCUUCACCUAAGUAGAAUUAUUUGAUUUUAAAAAAAAUGGUCAAAGGGAAGUCACCCGAUAAUGACCUUAAAGAAAUUUAUUAUACAAGUUAUCCCCCUUAGAUUAAAUCAAAUGUUCUAGAAACCCUUUUUUAUAGGGCUGAGCCGGGUAGCAACCCGUAUUCCCGGGUAAGGCAAGUGUUAGCACACCCGGCACAUACCCGGCACAUACCCGGCACAUACCCGGCACUCAUCGUGUACAUCUUCACACAUAAUAAAUGAACAAAUUGGAUAAAAGGAACGACGUUGAAAAUGUUACCUUAUGUGUAUGCAAUUUCCCCAAAAACCUGGGUUGGAUGCAAAAAAACUGCAACCGGUUCUGCCCCAUGUUUUUCAACGCACAGCGCACCCUAUGCCUAAUGUGGGCCACCCUAUGCCUAAUGCGGGCCACCCUAUGCCUAAUGUGGGCCACCCUAUGCCUAAUAUGGCCCACCCUAUGCCUAAUGUGGGCCACCCUAUGCCUAAUGCGGCCCACCCUAUGCCUAAUGUGGCCCACCCUUUGCCUAAUGUGGCCCACCCUAUGCCUAAUGUGGCCCACCCUUUGCCUAAUGUUCACCCUAUGCCUAAUAUGGCCCACCCUAUGCCUAAUGUGGGCCACCCUAUGCCUAAUGCGGGCCACCCUAUGCCUAAUGUGGCCCACCCUUUGCCUAAUGUGGCCCACCCUAUGCCUAAUGUGGCCCACCCUUUGCCUAAUGUGGGCCACCCUAUGCGUAAUGUGGCCCACCCUAUGCCUAAUGUGGCCCACCCUUUGCCUAAUGUGGCCCACCCUUUGCCUAAUGUGGCCCACCCUAUGCCUAAUGUGGCCCACCCUAUGCCUAAUGUGGCCCACCCUAUGCCUAAUGUGGCCCACCCUUUGCCUAAUGUGGGCCACCCUAUGCCUAAUGCGGGCCACCCUAUGGCUAAAGCGGCCCAUCCUAUGCCUAAUGACUUUCUAAGAAUUGUACGGCACAAAGAGCAAGUAAACACAUACACUUAUGAGAAAUUCAUAUCUAAAUUAACAUGGGCCAUUAGAAAUGUUAUUCUAAAUACCAGAGUGAAUCUUGCACUCAUAAUGCUAGAGGAUACGCUAUCACAAUGAAUUGUUUUAUAUUCAAUGUCCGUAGAGAGAAACUUUCUGUUACCACACUGUUAGUUGCCAAGUAAUCACCAAUAAUCUCAGUUUGUUUCCUGAUGUGGCAAAGUUGAUUCUUGGGAUCGUUUCCUUUUAUAAUUAAGUCAUUUUUUUUUUUAAAUGAAUACUUUAAAGCUUACACUUAUGUCAAAUAAUUAAAUUAGUUCAUUGAAAGCUUACACUUAUGUCAAAUAAUUACAUUAGUUCAUUGAAAGCUUACACUUAUGUCAAAUAAUUAAAUUAGUUCAUUGGAAGCUUACACUUAUGUCAAAUAAUUGCAUUAGUUCAUUGAAAGCUUACACUUAUGUCAAAUAAUUACAUUAGUUCAUUGAAAACUUACACUUAUGUCAAAUAAUUACAUUAGUUCAUUGAAAGCUUACACUUAUGUCAAAUAAUUACAUUAGUUCAUUCAAAACUUACACUUAUGUCAAAUAAUUAUAUUAGUUCAUUGAAAACUUACACUUAUGUCAAAUAGUUACAAUAGCUCAUUGAAAGAGGGAUCAGUUGACUUGGGACUCACAAGUUUAAACUUUCGCAUAUGCUGAGAUGAUUAUGUGAUGAUUAUUUGAUGAUUAUUUGUUGACUUUGUCAGGGCAAAUGUUGAUAACCUGUAUGAUAAGGUGAACAAUGUCCUUUCGUAUCAACACAACUACCACCGCAUCGAUACACCAUCACACACCCUAGGCACACCCAAACUACCACGACACACCAUCACACACCCCAGGCAUACCACAACCACGGCAACGAUACACCAUCACACACCCCAGGCACACAACUACCACCUCAUUGACACACCAUUACACACCCCAGACACACCACUACCACAGCAACGUAUCACCAUCACACACCUUAGGCCCACCGCUACCACCACAAUGACACAGUAUUACACACCCCAGACACACCACUACCACCACAACGAUACACCAUCACACACCCCAGGCACACCACUAUCACCACCAUGACACACCAUUACACAAGCCCGGCACACCACCAUCAGACACAUCAGGCACACCACCAUCACACACCACAAGCACACCACCAUCAAACACCACAACAACCACAUGACGAAGUCCUUGAAACGUUUCCUCGAAUAUCUCAACAGGUCCUAACAGAAAACGGGGACGUCAGACGUACACUCGCUACCAGACACUGGAGUUGGAGAAGGAGUUCCACUACAACCGAUACCUCACAAGACGCAGGCGUAUCGAGAUCGCCCACAGCCUCGCUCUGACAGAAAGACAAAUCAAAAUAUGGUUCCAGAACAGACGGAUGAAGUGGAAGAAAGAAUGCAGACAGCUUCAGCUCAUCAACGGAGACUGCGCCAUGGAGGAUGCAUGUUGAUGGUGGGGCGCCGGGGGGGAGGGUUAAAGGGGGCGAAGUGUGGCAGGCAGUGGCGUAGGAAAGGGUGGAAUUUUUGGUUAAAUGAUAAUCCUGUCCGGCACGGGCUACACCAUCCUUAGUUCCCACCGGCCGCGGGCAAACGUUACCUGAGUUACGUCCCUUGGAUCAAGUCUUGAUGAUUCAUUUGUCUACUAGUCCCUGGGAUCAAGUGAUGACUCAUUGGUCUACUAGUGUUGCUCUCCCUUUGAAUGUAAUGAAAAAUGAUUGCCUGAAAAGUUCAAUUUUUUCUUUAAAAGUUUCUAUUAACUUUCUCUGUGGGGCCUUACCUAAGAAGAUCACCAGUGGGGGCUCACAUAAGAAGAUCACAAGUAAGGCCUCACCUAAGAAGAUCACACGUAGUGCCUCAUCUAAGAAGAUCACAAGUGGGGCCGCACAUAAGAAGAUCACAAGUGGGGCCUCACCAAGGUAGAUCACAAGUGGGGCCUC